GCAAGUGGUAAUUUAGUCAUUAAGUUCUGACAACCGAUCAUCCAAAUGUCAAGUUUAUUCGUCUUUGUUCUAUUAAGUGCGUCGAUCAGGCGCGGAAGUUGUACGCCAACACGAGUAAUACUCGACGGCAACACGAGGGAGCUUCCAGCACCGUUGACAUCCUGGUACCUUUGGGACACUGAUGGAGGACUUUUUUCACCACGUAUCCCUCAGUUUGACAUGUACCGGCCAGGGAAGGCUCAGGGAAGGAACUUCGGUUACUACCCCUUGGGGAGAAUGCGUGCGGAAAGAUUGCCGAUGGGAUUCCUGAAUGGUCGUCAGCCCACUCGCCUGUUGGAGACACGAUGUGAAAAUCUGGAGGACCUGAAAAGGCAGGAUUUCUUCAUGUCCUCCGGAACACCAAUCAGGUGUCGUCGAACAAUUCGACAGUGGACGAUGCAGGAACCAUUGUACGUUGAGGAACCCCGCUGGAUUCCCCUGGACGUAAAAGGAGACUUCAACGAGGAACCAGGAUUCAACGAGGAGGACCCCUUCAUCCUCGCCAGGGGCAGACGAUCGACCGAUAAAAAUCAAUCAAACUCAUCGAGGGCUAAGCGUGAAAUUCAUCAGAGUGCGAACAUGAUUGAGGAUACUGAUGACAGAAUGAAGAACUUCUACAGGGAAUUGGAAAGAUAUCUGGCUGGUCGCAGUGGAUAUGUGCAACCCAGGAACAAACACUCCGAUAUCAUGGACAUCCUCAAUGAACCCUUCUUCAUAUCUCGUGGCAAGAAGUCCAGAAGCAAAAAGAACGAUCUCCAGAGGGCUGUGGAUUCGGAUGUUCAUCUGCAGAGUUCACCAGGAAGUUAUCGUCCCGUUCGCGAUCGCAGGGGGGAAAUCGUCGAGCAACUGCUGAAGGAACAGGAUCCAUUCUAUAUUGCCAGGGGAAAAAAAUCGACGAAUGAUCGUUUGUCGAUUAUUGAGGACUGGAAGAAGUGA